CACCGCUCCUUCUGUGGACAGAUGACGUCAACAACAUGUCACUUCCUGACUCUCCUUGAACCCUGGGUCACCCAGAUGUUCCCUGACAAGACUUGUCUGACCAGUUUGGGGUGAUCAGCUGCAGAACUGUACUGUAUACCACAACACAACAGGGUAGUGCCACUGUACGUCCACAUCUGGACACUUUGGAAGAGAAAUUUUCUAAAGGCUGCUGGACGUACAUGACAAGGCAGACCUACUGACAUGCUCCACCACGGUUCCCCCGUCUCGACAGAAAUGGUGGAAACCUCCUCCUCCCAGCACUGCUUCCUGCAGCAGCCCCCCAAGGAGACCCCCUGCGUAGCCGACCAGGACUCCGUCUCCUCCAUGGAGAACGAGUGGUCGCUACAAAAGCUGAAGGAACGUUUUCAUGAGAUGGACAUUGAGGGCUUGUACCGACGGUACUGCGAAAGACUGAAACACUCUCUACUGCUCAUCCUCUUACUGCUGUUUGUGGCCAAUGGAGUCAUCCUACUGGUUCUCUUUUAUCUAGAAAACAAAUCCUUUGAUAAACACUUUGAGAUCCCCGUCAUCAUCGGCAUCACGGCUGCCCUCCUCCUGGCGAUCUUCCUGGUACUGCAGUUCUCCCGACUCCUGCACAACUUCAUCACGCUGGUGUCACUCUUCAUCUGGCUCCUCCUGCUGGGUGGGGGGCUCGGGUUCAUGUUCUCACAAAGACACCUGAAGCUACCAUACAAUGACGUGGGGUACUUCUUCAUCAUCACACUGGUGUCCUACACCAUGCUGCCCUUCAGUAGAAGAUACGCCGUCAUCGCAGGUGUACUGACCUGCCUGUCAUACCUGGUCCCUGCACUCAUAAUCUCCAUACUGGACAACACAUUCGUGGUCACAGAUUUUAUAGCAAAUAUCUUCAUCCUCCUGAGUGUGAACCUGGCAGGAAUGUACCACAAGUAUUUUGUAGACAUCGCUCACAGAAGGACGUUCCUGGACACACGGCACUGCAUCGAGUCUCGCAUCAAACUGGAGAGGGAGCGAGAACAGCAGGAGAGACUUUUACUGUCAGUGUUACCGGCCCAUCUAGCCAAAGAAAUGAAGGAAGAAAUGAUGGGCAGAGUGACGGGUACCAGUCUACACCACAGCACCUCUACUUGUUUCCACAGCAUGUAUAUUAAAAGGCAUCUCAAUGUAAGUAUUCUGUAUGCAGACAUAGUGGGGUUCACCACCCUUGCCUCGGAGUGCACCCCUGCAGAACUGGUCAGGACACUCAACGAGCUGUUUGGCAAGUUCGACCAGAUAGCCGAGAAAAACAACUGCAUGAGGAUAAAGAUCCUGGGUGACUGUUACUACUGUGUGUCUGGACUCCCUGACCCUAUCCCAGAUCACGCCAAGAACUGUGUCAAGAUGGGCCUGGAGAUAUGUGACGCCAUCAAGAAAGUUGCGUGGGCGACAGGAGUAGACAUCAACAUGCGUGUGGGGGUUCACACGGGGAACGUGCUGUGUGGUGUGAUCGGUCUGCACAAGUGGCAGUACGACGUGUGGUCACACCACGUCACACUAGCCAACCACAUGGAGUCAGGAGGCAGGCCUGGGAGAGUUCACAUCACCAAGGCAACGCUGGAUGAGCUGCAGGGUUACUACAAGGUGGAGCCGGGGGACGGCCAUCUCAGGGACGACUACUUAAAGGAGAACAAUGUGGAAACUUUCUUUGUCAUUGAUCCUAAGGCCAGAAACAGGGUGACCCCCCACAUGUCGCAGCACCGGAAGUUAGCCAGGGACAACAAGCAGCGAGCGUCCGUGCGCAUGACGAGGUACCUGUCCACCUGGGGAGCUCACAAACCCUUCCAGGACCUGCCUGACAUCAGCAGGAACAGGAACAUCUAUCUCACACCCGAGUCUCCCAGACCAACCUCACCUACAGCACACCCAGACCAAGUACAUGUUAAUGUCAUCAGGAUCAACUCUGUGCCCUGUUCAGAUAUAAGUGGCAGUGUUCAGCCCUGUGCCUUGGAGGACCAGAUCAAUGAAAGGAUGGAACAGGCCAUUGAUGGCAUCACUACACACAAACAAUGGAUCAAGUCACCAGACAUGCACAGGCUGACCCUGGGCUUCAAGAAUCCAGAAUGGCAGGAGAAGUACCGAGAGAUGAAAGUGCCAAUGUUUAAGUUCAACGUGCUGUGUGCCUUCAUGAUCUUUGUUACCAUGGCAAUCGUCCAUUUUACUGUUCUUCCUAAAACUCCCAUCCUGAUCUGGAGCUAUCUUCUCAGUGCCGUCACACUGCUCUUGGUCUUAUUUAUCAGCUUUGCAGAAAACAUACAGUGUUACAAGAAGCACAGACAUCCCACAUUUAACUUCCUGGCCUCCAUGACGUCCAAGUUCUGGUGGUUGAGGAGAUGCCUGGCCUUGCUGGUCCUCAUGACCAUCCUUACUGUGGCAGCUACAAGUGUUUUAGAUUGUGGUCGAAGCAGGUCAUUUGGUCUCCAUAGCAACGGGAGUGGCACCGACCCUACUCCCAACAUGCCUCAGUGUCCCAACUCUACAAGUGCCUCCUGCGUACAUGUUUCACCAUAUUUUUUCCUGAGCUACCUGCUGGGUAUGUUGUCGUGUAUGGUGUUUCUACAGACAGGCUUCUCUGUGAAGCUUGUCGGGCUGACUCUGGCCCUGGUGGUGUACAGUGUUCUCAUACAUCACACACAUGCAUGGGUCUUCGAUGGCUUCGACUGUAUGUAUACAAAUAUGAGCAAGGAUAACUUUUAUAUUGAGCUUCACCAGCGAGGUACAAUCUACCUGGUUGUACUGUACAUUACUAUCCUGGUCAUUGACAGACAGGUAGAGUACACCUCUCGUAUGGACUUCCUGUGGAAGACCAAGUGUAAGCGUGAAGGUGAGGAGGUGGAGACCAUGGAGAACCUGAACAAGGUCCUGGUGGAGAACGUCAUGCCGGUUCACGUCGCCGACCACUUCCUCAGCUCCUCAGCACGGUCCUCUCGGGAGCUGUACAGCCAGUCCUAUGAGUUUGUCUGUGUGAUGUUUGCAUCCAUCCCAAACUUCAAAGAGUUUUAUGUGGAGACAGAUGUCAAUAAGGAGGGCUUGGAGUGUCUUAGAUUACUGAAUGAGAUAAUAGCAGACUUUGACGAGCUCCUGUCCAAGCCAAAGUUCAGCCAUGUCGAGAAGAUUAAGACCAUCGGCAGCACCUACAUGGCAGCAACAGGGUUAACCUCUACUACAGGCCAGCAAGGUGUCUCCUAUCCAGAGAAGUUACACCUGAUGGGGAACAUGGUGGACUUUGCACUGGCUUUGGUACAGAAACUACAUCUCAUCAACAAGCACUCUUUCAAUGACUUCAAGCUCAGAAUAGGUAUUAACCAUGGCCCAGUGAUAGCCGGGGUGAUUGGAGCCAGGAAACCUCAGUAUGACAUCUGGGGAAACAGUGUCAAUGUGGCCAGCAGGAUGGAGUCCACGGGGGUCAUGGGGUGUAUACAGGUAACAGAAGAGUCUGCUCAGUUCCUGACAGAGUUGAACUACCAGUGUGAGUGCAGAGGACUCAUAGAUGUGAAAGGGAAGGGGAAACUGAAGACAUAUCUUAUAGACACCAGCAUGGCCACAGGGAUGCAGCAUAUGGCAAACUAUAGCCACCGGAUGUCGCUGGAAUAACUUUGAGAACAACACUGUGGAAACAUUUUGAAUUAAAUUACACAUUAUUUGAACUGAUUGGAAAUUAUACAAACCAUUGUGACAGUGGAACAACAUAACAGUUUGUAUUUCUUGCAAUGGGAAAGCUACAAUGGAAAUUCACUUAAACCUGUUUUGUUUGCUUGUUUGUUUAUUUAUUCAUUUGUUUGUCUGAAAGAGAGACAUGAGGAUCAUGGCAAAGCUCAGGACACUACAGACAUUGCCAGAAUCACUUCGGGACAGUCAAGAUUCAAAUUUGCCAGAUCAGUCAGUAGUCCAGCAAAGAUAUGAGCCAACAGGAGAAUACAAUCAACAUGUUAACAUACUACAGUAUGGUGUGAAUUGUGAUAUCAUCAACAGUAGAGGACUCAGGGAUGCUAUCUUAACAGACAGGACAGCUCUACAUGUCAACUCUCGGAUGCUGAGUGGAACUGGCAGAUGUGGACUAACUUACUGAAAAUGUGUCACAUACUUGUCAAUCUAUUGCUGCCAAUCACUACAGAAGGCUUAGGGCAUAAAUCCAGCCAAACAUCCUAUUCAAAAAAGGCUCUGGGGCAACAACAUUGUCCUCCAGUAACUGUGCAGCUUAGUCUGGGGUGGUAGAAACAGAGAGUGACACUAGCAACAUCUCAUCAUUUGUCAGCUUCAAUACUUUGACCAUGUCAAUAAUGCCCCCAUGCUGAUGCAGUUAGUACUGCGCCAAGCUUCCAGAAUAUUCUACUAGUAAAUCUGCAAGGUGGCACGUUAUGUUGUCAGUCAGUUGUACUUAAAGAUAUAUGUCUCACUUCCACACGAGUAUUUACAAUAGGAGAAUUUGUCAAUCAAAUCUCUACCUAUCCGCCUGGUUUUUGUGAAUGUUUGCUAUAUUCUUUUUCAACCCGAUGGUGGCAAAAUUUACAUGGU